AAGGACAAGAAGUCUGCGCCGGUCGAACCCUAACAACGAAGCAACAAAACAAUGCCACGCCCACCUGCCAGCUGGAAAGAAAACAACGUGUUUUGACAAAUUUCGAUCUGCGAUUUCUGGGUCAAAAAGAUCCUCCAACAUGACAUAUCUGAAAUCGCUAGAGGAGUUUGAAAAGGCGGCCGAGAGAUUAUAUUUGCAGAAUCCAAUGAAGGCAAGAUACAACAUUUCCUACAGACAUAACAAAGGCCUUGUUUGCUUAAAGAUGACAGAUGACGUGACUUGUUUGCAGUACAAAACAGAGAACCAGCAGGAGCUGAGAAAGUUGGAAAUAUUCCUCAACAACUUGAUGAGGCACAUGGCUUCAAACGAAAAUUGAUCUUUACAAAGCUUUAUUUUGUUAUGCAUUAAGAGAAAAUUUGUUUAAUCUUAUGUAAGAUACAUUUCCAUAAUAAAUUUUCAACUUUCUUUUUUGGUAA